CAAUUGCGAGACGCACUGCACCUGAGCAAACGAUCCCCUCUUAUGCGGCGAGGACAGAGGAGAAGCUAGUGGAAUACAAAGUUCUGCAAUCUCAGAUUGAACACAGCUAGUCAUCGACAGCCAUGCACGUCGCAAACCCUUUGUCUGUCAGUUUCGGCCUGAUACUAUGCAGCAUGUUGGUAGGAGACUGCGCCUCGGCCAGUAGCGGGUAUGCUGUCGCUGGUGAGCGACGAGAGGCAGGCUUGCUCGGUGCUAAUCCCUGUACGUGGGGACCAGGUUACUGGUGUUCGUCGCCGGCUCACAUGGCAAGGUGUCACACGAGGGUGUACUGCAGCCGACUUGGCAACCGCCGCGACGCCGACGCCGGUGGAUAUGGAUCCAAUCCGUGUACGUGGGGGCCAAGUUACUGGUGCUCGUCGCCGGCCCACAUGGCAGAGUGUGGUACCACGGCGGCCGUCUGUAGUCGACUUGGCAACCGACGCGACGCCGACGCCAAUGCAGGUGGAUAUGGAUCCAAUCCCUGUACGUGGGGACCAAGUUACUGGUGCUCGUCGCAGGCCCACAUGGCAGAGUGUGGUACCACGGCGGCCGUCUGUAGUCGACUUGGCAACCGACGCGACGCCGACGCCAAUGCAGGUGGAUAUGGAUCCAAUCCCUGUACGUGGGGGCCAAGUUACUGGUGCUCGUCGCCGGCCCACAUGGCAGAGUGUGGUACCACGGCGGCCGUCUGUAGUCGACUUGGCAACCGACGCGACGCCGACGCCGGUGCAGGUGGAUAUGGAUCCAAUCCGUGUACGUGGGGACCAAGUUACUGGUGCUCGUCGCCGGCCCACAUGGCCCGGUGUGGCACCACGGCCUACUGCAGGCAACAUGGUAAACGACACGGCAGGCAAUGAUAUACUGUCGUCUAAGGGCCGUCUCAACUCUGACAGGUACAUUGCCAAAAGGAAGAACUCACCGCACUCUCUGCCAUCGGGCCGUGCUCGAGGCAUGGUCCUGCACCGUGAACACUGUCUGAACUUCUAAAAGCCGCCUCGCCUGUCACUGCGACCGUCUGCAAGCCACAUUUCUUUCCCAACGGCAUUUGCCUAUCAUAAAGUUUUGCACUACAGCUCUGGUCCAUAUACUUUCUUAUACCUCCGCACCCAUACAACACUAUGACAAACAUCUCCCUUUGGGGUUAGCCACUCUGUCGUUCAUUUGUCUCAAUAAUUAUCAUUCUAAGUUUCAUGUCGCAAGUUAUUUGCUAGCCACCUGGUUCUACACGAUCGUAA